UUCAAAAUGGCGGACGCGAACACAAGUUUGAAACGAAAGCAUUCUAAAGCGUUUUAUGUCGGAAAUAAGAAGAAGAAAAGAGGACAAGAGCUGCUAGUUCCCGGAAUGAAAGGUGUCCUUGUCACGUGUAACGAAAGAGAGAAUUUGUGUGUACGAGAAGCUUACAACGUCCUUAAUGAAUAUGCAGACAAGCUCUAUGGCGCUGAGCACAGCUUGCAAGAAGAUGACUCUGUUAAUGACAGUGAUUCUGAAGAUAUUGAAGAUGCUCUUGCCAAAGAAGUAAAGCAACUUCAGGAAAGCAAAACAGAAAAAAGAUUCCAGGCUGUUUUGACUGGAGCUGUGAAUGUUAUCUUUAUCAAAACAAAUCUUCCUGAUUGUAAGGACCCCACAGAUUUAGUUCAUACAGUUUUAAAUGACAUGCUAGAAAAGGGAUGCAAGAAAACCAGGCAUUGUCAAAGGUUUUUGCCAAUAUCAGGGUCCUGUCAUGCUAAUAAGGAAGAAAUGAAGAAACUUGCUGAGCAACUGUUCCAAUCAACAUUCUUUGCUGAAGAUGCAAAACCAUCCACGUUCAGUGUGAUGUACAAAUCCAGAAACAACAGUAGUAUUCACAGAGAUGAUACCAUCUCUGCAUUAGCAAGUAUUGUAAUGAAUGCUGGGAAGGGACACACUGUGAACCUGAAUAAUCCAGACUUGGCAAUCUGUGUGGAGAUCAUGAAGAAUGUCUGCUGCAUGAGUGUGGUUAAAGAUUUUAUGAAGUUGAGAAAAUACAACAUUCAUGAGGUGAAUGAGAAAAUCUUCCAGUCUCAAAAGACAGAUAACAAGGACACUGAAAAGGUGAAAGACAUUAACCAAACCAUUGUGAAAAGUGAUUGCAAUGAUGCUGGAAGUGGUGCAAAAAGUGAUGGCAGUGAUGCUGGUAGUGGUGCAAAAAGUGAUUGCAAUGAUGCUGGUAGUGGUGCAAAAAGUGAUUGCAAUGAUGCUGGUAGUGGUGCAAAAAGUGAUUGCAAUGAUGCUGGUGGUGUUGCAAGAAGUGAUGCUGGUAGUGGUGCAAAAAGUGAUUGCAGUGAUGCUGGUAGUGGUGCAAAAAGUUAUUGCAAUGAUGCUGGUAGUGGUGCAAAAAGUGAUUGCAAUGAUGCUGGUUGUGUUGCAAAAAGUGAUUGCAAUGAUGCUGGUAGUGGUGCAAAAAGUGAUUGCAAUGAUGCUGGUAGUGGUGUAAAAAGUGAUUGCAAUGAUGCUGGUAGUGGUACUAAAAAUGAUAGUAGUAAUGCAGAUAGUGAUAUGAAAAGUAAUGGCAAGAAUGCUGAUAGGGCUACAAUUGAUGAUUCAACCUCUGGAAAUACAGAUACCUGAAAUGAUAUCAAAGUAACUAUGUCAGCUGAAGGUAACACUUAUUAUGGCAAGAUUGGAUUAGGUCUGGGAAAGGUUAAAAAUUCUGCCCACUGAAUUUGGAGCAUAAUUUACCAGCCCUUGCUUCGGGAUUCACUUUGGGAUCUUCCAAACUGUGCUGAUAUUCAAAACAAAUCAAAGAUACACUGUGAUGACAGUGAGAUUUAUGUUUUGUGUCACAGGAAAAAGUCGAAUGCACUUCUAAGAGGAUGGAAAACGGUUUAUAUGUGAUUAAGUUGAAAAUUGAUCUGUGAUGCAUGAAUUUUACAGAAAGG